GCAAGCGAUAUAAAGGACGAUUGUCGUAAGCCUAACAGAGGUUUUCGAUUUUAAUUUCAACCAUCAGUCAGCCGCCCCCUUUUACACCUCGGCUGAGUCGCUGGAUAUACGCUCCAUUACAUCCGGCACACCCUUGGGAGAACACGAUGCACCGAUUCCUCGCAGUCGCCGUUGUUCUAUGUCUCACAUCACUUGUUGUUGACGCCAACGUUGACGUGAUCAUCGACCGGCUCAAGUCUCUGGUGAGGCAGUUGGUGCCAAACGAGGCCAUGGCGCAGCAGUUCAUGGACCGCAUCGACAGCACACGGGAGUGCCUGCUUAUGGCCAGAGACAUCAACCCAGCCAUAAUACAGCGGUUCACAGACGGCAUCAUACCGACGGCUACGGAGUGCGCCGCCAGGACUAUAGGUAUCUCCGAUCGUACCGAAAGAAGCAACGCGCUAAGAACUUGCUUUCAAGAGAGGGCCGACAGGUUCAAGCGUAAGAAACGGCGCAGGUAUGGUGCACUGAAUAGGUCGACCCUGCUCUUUCCUUACAUUCGAGUGCACACCAACAGACCCGAAUAA